GGUUUCCCCCCAUCCGACUGGCUCGACGGCGCCGCCACCGCCGCCGCAGAUUUCUUGCUCCGGCAUGUCCGCCUCAACUGAUCGCUCUCCCCCGUGGGAGGAAGGCCGCGCUUCGGUUCGCAUCAGGUUUUGCUCUUCUGCCCCCAGCGGGACGGCGGCCGAGAGGCUCACCGACGACCUCAUCGUGGAGAUCCUCUCGCGUGUCCCGGCCAAGUCGCUCUGCCGCUUCAAGUGCGUUUCCAACCACUGGCUGAGCCUCAUCCACCACCCGGACCACCGCAAAAAGCUCCCACAAACCCUGGCCGGCUUCUUCUACACGAGCAACGACGUUGAGCGCCUCCCGAUCUCAGCACACCAUCUCGCCAAUGUCUCGGGGAGAAGCUGCCCUGCGAUAGACACUUCUUUCGCCUUCCUGCCCAGCCACCGGCAAGUCGAUCUGCUGAACUGCUGCGGCGGCCUCCUUCUCUGCCGCUGGCACUCCGUCAGGGGUGACGAGUGCCGUUACAUCGUGUGCAAUCCCGCGAGGGAGGAGUGGGUCAUGCUUCCCGAAUCCAGUAAUGCAGGCAUGAGGGGCACUGUAGGUUUGGGUUUCGAUCCGGCUGUAUCCUCCCACUUCCAUGUUUUUGUGUUACUGGUGUUGACGAAUCAUGAUUCUGACUUUGGCUGUUUCCUCACCAGAGUGGAUGUGUAUUCGUCCGAAACCAGGAGAUGGAUUCAUAAAGAAAAGAAAUGGAACGACAAUCGUUUUCUUGUUGGUUCUCAGCAACAUUGUACCAGUUUCCUCAACGGCUCUAUGCAUUUUUAUGCCUACUGCAUGACGACAUCCUAUUGUGUAGUUGUGGUGGACAUGGAGGGGGAAAUAUGGACGAGAUUCCAUAUCCCUGGUGAUCUGGAUCAUGGUUUUCUUCAGCAGUCACAGGGCUGCUUGCACUAUUCCAGUUUUCAGAAAGAUAGAGAUGAGGUGGUUCGACUUGUUGUUUAUGUUCUUGAGGACAAUGACAAAAAAGAGUGGAUGUUGAAGCAUAGCAUUGAAACUUCACACAUAUCUGGAUGGCCACCUAUUGAUCACCGUUGCAUCGCAAUUCAUUUGGAGGGUGACUUGAUCUUCUUCACCGUGGGAUGGGCUACCAAAUUCAUGUGCUAUAAUAUGAAUAGUCGACAAGUCAAAGUGAUCUCCAAUCUUGAAUAUGGUGAACUGCCAUAUCUGCCGUACGUGCCAUUCUAUGCAGAGUUACAAUCAUUGCACAGAAAUGUGAAUCGCUAGUCAAGUAUUCGUACUAUGUGGCAGUGGGCUUAUCAUGUCUGCUCAAGUUUGGUUCUCAUUUUCUUUAAAUGAUGAUGUCUGCAUCCUUUGAAGUUUGGAAUUGUGGUUCAGUAUUGUGGCAGCGUUUCUUAUUUCUUCCAGGUUAGUUCUUGUAGCGAUGAAGGGAGAAAAUGAUAUGAUCAUGCUGUAAAAGACUUGAUGCUUACACUGGUGAUAUCGUCAUUUUGUAGUUGGGGCAAGUAUAUGCAUCUUAUUGACAGACCAAGUACAUGACCGAUUUUCCUGCUAAUGAUAUGAUGUGUGCAUGUGAUCUUAUUUUUUUAACUAGACAUUUAUUUCUGAUGGUGAAACACUUGGAUGGUUACAUGAUCACCCCUUCGAUGCCACAGUAAUAAAGUCUGGCUUAUUUAAAUAGGAAAUGGUGCUCGCAUCAGUGCUUGGACCUUGGCGAAAAUAUCUAUUCUUUCAUGAAACUUUAUUUUUUGAACACAAUAUUUGCUUCAGAGGACUUGGAAAACGUCAUUUUUAGUUUUAUCCCAGAUAGGUAGUUAAAGAGUUUACAAUUACCUGUAAUGUACCAGUUGGCUUACAAUUUGAAACGCCUAUGGCUGUAAGGAAAGGGGAUGGAAUGAGAGUAUUGGACGUCUUGGUCGUCAGAAUCAGUCUACUGUCUUCCUCAAGGGAUGCUUGCAUUUUAUCGCCUAUGGCUGUAAACCAUCACCCAUUUGUGUAGCUGCUGUGGGCAUGGAGGGGAAAACAUCGAGUACUUUCCGUAUCCCUAGUUAUGUGCCUAAUGGUAUUUUUCAGCAGUCACAGGGCUGUUUGCAUUAUUCCAGUUUCCAGGGUGAAGAUGAUGUUGUGCUUCGACUAGUUGUUAAUGUUCUCAAGGACUAUGAAAACAAAGAGUGGAUAUUGAAGCAUACCAUUGGAACUUCAUAGUACAUAUCUGGAGGGAUACAUCUUAAUGGUCACUGUGUGAUUGCAAUUCAUCCGGAGUGUGACUUGAUCUUCUUCGCCGCCGGACAAACUACCAAAUUCAUGUGCUACAAUAUGAAUAGUCAGGAAGUAAAAGUGAUCUCCAAUC